UUAAAAUGAGCCAGGAAGUUCCACCUGAACAUCGUGAAAAUCGUCGGAAAGUCUCUUCACAUGGUUUCCGUCCCAGUACCACCUAUCAAUCCCAAAAACUAGAGAGAGAAUGUCGAAAGAAUUGGGAUUUAUUCUACAAGAGGAACAAGACGAACUUCUUCAAGGACAGAAACUGGACAACACGUGAAUUUACUGACCUUUUGCACUUGGAUAGUAACAAGAUCCUCCUGGAAGUUGGCUGUGGUGUUGGGAAUUUCAUAUUCCCUUUGUUAGAAGUGUGUCAGGCUAAAUAUAUAUACGCAUGUGAUUUUUCCCAGGAAGCUAUUAAGUUACUGAAAGAGAAUACUCAGUACACUGAGGAUAAGAUGAAAGCCUUCACUUGCGAUAUUACAACUGAUGAUAUCUUCAGUACAAUCGCUGAAAAUUCCGUGGAUAUCGUAACGCUUAUCUUCGUUUUGUCCGCUAUUCAUCCGGAUAAAUUCCGGAGAGUUGUUGAAAAUCUCCAUCGGAUCCUCAAACAGGAUGGUGUGGUGUUAUUCCGAGACUACGGAUUGAAUGACAUGGCUCAGUGGCGAUUCAAGGAUACAAAUAUGAUUUCAGAGAACUUCUAUGUGCGCCAAGAUGGAACGAGGAGCUAUUUCUUUUCCGACUCAGAAAUCCUGGAGCUUUUUGAGGGAGUUGGCUUCCGAGCCCAACAAAACAGCUAUGUACACCGACAGACGAUCAACGUGAAGGAAAAUGUAGAUGUGAAGAGGACAUUUGUCCAGGGAAUCUAUCAGAAAACCUAAGAAACAUCUUA